AUGCUUCAGAACGUAAGAGCCCGUAUCAGAAUUCCUUUGGAGGGACGUGCAGUGAGUUGGGUCAAAUUUCGAGCCUUCGUUCCAUUCACCUCCUCCUUUCCCCCACACUUCCUCCCACCAGAGCCUGUAUCAGUAACCCUAUGGAGAGACGUGCAGCGAGUGUGGGUGAACCUGCGGUGUGUGCUUAUACCGAGUGAACGGAGCUCCCUCAGAGACUGGGACCUGUGGGGGCCGUUCUUCUUUAUAAUCACCCUCGCGCUGCUGCUCUCCUCGUCUGCCACACACAACAAGGCGCAUGUGUUUGCGGUGGUGUUCGGAACAGUGUCAGCAGGAGCCGUUGUCCUCACUCUCAAUGUGCAGCUGCUGGCAUGUCCCUCUGCAUCUCACUGCACCCCUCAUGGACCCCCGCCUCAUGUCUUUUCAUUUGCGUCACAUCUCUCUCCUGCACCCCUCUCCCUCACACCACAGGGCGGGCGCAUCAUAUUCUUCCAGAGCCUCUCCCUGCUCGGCUACUGCCCCUCACACACAUACGCCCCUUUGCACCUCACUGCACCCCUCAUGUCGCCCUGCGUAUCUUUCUCUCUCUCUCUCCUGCACCCCUCUCCCCCUCACCACAGGGCGGGGCGCAUCAUAUUCUUCCAGAGCCUCUCCCUUCUCGGCUACUGCCUCGUGCCUCUCGACCUUGCCGCCCUCCUCUGCCUACUCACCACCGCCAAGCUCGCCCGCAUGGCGCUCGUAUUAGUCACAUUCGCUUGGAGCUCCUCGGCUGCAUACCCGUUCGUGGCGAAGGCUGUUCCUGAGACUCGCAGGGUGCUGGCAGUGUACCCUGUGUUCCUGCUCUACACUGCUAUUGGCUUCCUUGUGCUCGCUAAUGACUAG